AUGAGUGCUGCGUCUUUGUUGUUCUCCUGCUCUAUGCAUGUGGGUGUGUCUCAUCCCAAGCUGGCUGCAAAAUCCUCUGUAUGUUGUUUGCUCAAUCAGCCAUGGAAUAAUUUGAAUCCAAAAACAUCAUUUGGGAAUUUAGGAGUCUGGGAAAAAUCUAAAAUUUCACAUAAAGGUGAUGAGAUCAUGUGGAGGACAGGGGCUGUUCAAGUUGAAAGUGCACCUUCCUACUCUGUGGGGCAAAAAUUUCAACUUGACGAUGUCAUUGAGGCCCAGCAAUUUGACAGAGAGACUCUCAAUGCUAUUUUUGAAGUUGCAAAGAGCAUGGAGAGCAUUGAAAACAAUUCAUCUAGGAGCCAAAUGCUUAAGGGUUACCUCAUGGCUACCUUGUUUUAUGAGCCAUCCACCAGAACUAGGCUUUCAUUUGAAUCUGCCAUGAAAAGAUUAGGUGGGGACGUUCUCACAACUGAGAAUGCAAGGGAGUUUUCAUCUGCUGCUAAAGGAGAGACGCUUGAAGAUACUAUAAGAACGGUUGAAGGUUACUCUGAUAUAAUUGUCAUGAGGCACUUUGAAAGUGGUGCUGCAAAAAGAGCAGCAGCGACUGCUAGCAUUCCUGUAAUCAAUGCAGGGGAUGGCCCUGGACAACAUCCCACCCAGGCACUGCUAGAUGUUUACACCAUUGAAAGAGAGAUUGGAAAACUGGAUGGAAUUAGAGUUGGGCUUGUGGGAGACCUUGCUAAUGGAAGGACAGUUCGCUCACUUGCAUACUUACUAGCCAAGUAUCAGGAUGUGAAAUUUUAUUUUGUAUCUCCUAACGUGGUUAAAAUGAAGGAUGACAUAAAAGACUAUCUGACAUCAAAGGGAGUGGAGUGGGAAGAAAGUGCUGAUUUGAUGGAAGUGGCAUCUAAGUGUGACGUGGUUUAUCAAACUCGCAUUCAGAAAGAGAGAUUUGGAGAGAAAAUUGACCUUUAUGAGGAGGCAAGAGGCAAGUAUAUUGUAAAUAAAGAUGUUCUAAGGGUGAUGCAAAAGCAUGCUGUGGUUAUGCACCCUCUUCCAAGACUUGAUGAGAUCACAGUGGAUGUUGAUAGUGAUCCAAGAGCUGCAUACUUUAGGCAGGCAAAGAACGGUCUAUAUAUUCGGAUGGCACUCUUAAAGAUUGAUACUAGUCGGUAUUAG